AUGAAAGGCGUUGCAUGGAGGGGAGGGGUCACUCCGAACCUCCGUGACUGUUUGUGGAAUUCGGUAGCUGGAGCUGUGGUAAGUAUUGGCAACUCUUGGCGCCUCCGUCUGCGGUUGUUGGGUAUUGUGGUGAUCAUUAUAACCACCUUUAUACUCAUUCAAGAUUCUGCAAACGCGCAGGUCGGAGUGCUCUUGCCAUUUGGGCAGGGUGAUGAAGGGCCCCACAUUUUAUCAAUUGAGAGUUUAGAAACAGCAGGCAGCCAGCCUAGUCAGGAAGAAAGCACAGGGGCUGUUCAGGAUUUAGCGGGCAGUGACUCGGAGGAAGGCCAGACGGACAGCCAGUACAUCGUCGACAGCAAAUCCAACAACGUCAAGCAAGAUUCCGGGAGCGAGGGCCACCAUUCUGUUGUUACAGAUCAGGUCGCCGAAGAACCGGAAGGCAUAUCCCGAACAAAGGAUGGCCCGAUCGGAGAUACUCAAGUACGUGAUCAUUCUGGGGGCGAGGGGGGCGGUUCGGCGGUUACAGAUGAGGUUGCGGAGGAAUCGGAAAUCAUGACCCGAACGCAGGAUGGCCCGAUCGGAGAUACUCACGUAUAUGAUCAGUCUGGGGGCGAGGGGGGCGACCCGGCUGUUCCAGAUGGGGUCGCCGAAGAAUCGGAAGGCAUGAUCCGAACGCGGGAUGGCCCGAUCGGAGAUACUCACGUACAUGAUCAAUCUGGGGACGAGGGGGACGGUUCGGCGGUUACAGAUGAGGUUGCGGAGGAAUCGGAAGUCAUGACCCGAACGCAGGAUGGGCCGAUCGGAGUUACUCACGUAUAUGAUCAGUCUGGGGGAGAAGACGGUGGUAUCUCUGUGAGUGAGGAAGGAGAGGAAGAUUCGAAAGGCAGCUUACAAGGGGCCAAGCGCACUGAUACAGAUUUUGAUGUUGUUCUCACCACUGCGGAGGCGCUGGCUCGCACUGGUGUCCAAACAUCAACUGAGGGAGGGGGAGUGAUAUUUCCUGUUUUUUCGGAUGUUGCGAAAGUUCGAUCCAUGGGGCAGGAACCUGUCGGGAACCAGGAGGCGAAAGCACGCGAAUCCACUUUGAAAUCGAGGGGGUUCAUUGUUCCAGUUGCAGAUAUGUUUGCAGCGGUGAGGCGGGACUGGUCGGAGCUGCCGAUCGAUUGCGGAGUGUGCACGAUUGGCGCCGGAUACCUUCCUGUACGGUUGAUCGCCACGGAAAAACAUAAAGACGGGGAGAUACUUCGUUUUGCUGAUGUGGAGUAUCCUUCUCUAGUAGCCCGUGGCACACUGGUUUCUAUUCCGGCAGCUUGGCUAAUCAUGAAAGGGAACACUCCCAAAGAAUGGUCUCCCGGCGCCGGAGGCUUUAUUCUUUGCCUGGAGAGUGGAGACAAGCCAGUUUUUGUUGCAUGGAGGACAGGGCUUUUCAGUCAGUAUACAGAGUUUCGUGCACAGCCGUUCCGGGAACGGGUUUCGGUCGUUCAGUCUGAAGUCAUCAGAGGCACGAGGCAGAAUGAGAGCGUGCUGGAGGCGAAACUCACUCUGAGUUCUCGUGGUUAUUUUGUUAAUCGACCUCUCAACCGAGAUGAUUAUACUUUCAUGUUCUUCGGCACUGUCAAAGGCCCACCUGUUGUACAGAGCCUGUUGGUGAAACACGCUCUGAAUAUGAGCGACAAAUGUGUUAUCGAACGAGAAAUUGAUGGUGGUCCUGUUUCUUUGGACUGUAAAGGAUGGAGGAAAUUUGAGAAACUGAUGAGUCCUUCGACCUGCGCAGGCUGA